UUCUUCCUCUGCUUUUUCUAACCCAACCCCAAAGCCAACCCAAAGUCCAGAUUUGGGAGAGAGAGAGAGAGACUGGCUGGCCGGUGGUUCCAGGAAUAAACGAAUAUACAAAAUAACGAAAGCGAAUCUCCCAACGGUCAUCCCCCCAUUAACAACACCGCGACCUCCUCCACCUCUCUCCUUCCCCUAACGUAACGUUCACUCUCUCCUCUCGCCAACGUCUCUCUCUCUCUCUCUCUCUCUCUCUCUAUCUCUAUCUGGGUGUCUCUCUGCCCAAGCAAGAGAGAGUCCUUCCUUCCUAGUUCCUGUAGAGUGUGAACUGAUUAACAGUGAGUGGAGCAGAGGGAAUCUUGGGUUCUCCUCCGAAUUCCUCCUCUCCGACGCCACCCCCGACGCCACAACCCCCGCAGCCCAGACUUAGAACCGACACCCCCGGCAUUCCUUCGCUUGCGCUUUGCGUUGUGUGGUGGUGGUGGUGGUGGUGGGUGGGUGGGAAGGAGGAAGGAGGAAGGAAGAAGGAAGAAGGAAGAAGAAGAAGAAGAAGAAGAAUGGAACCGGCGAAGAUCGACUGGAAGAAGAUAGAGUCGGUGUUCGUGGUGGACGACCUCUACGAGCACUUCGACGCCCCCAAAUGGGCCGACCUCUCCUCCUCCUCUUCCUUUUCCCCCCUCCGCGGCGACCGCGUCGGCGACGACGGCGACGACGACGUCCGCUUCUUCUGCCGACCCGACUGCAAGCAUCCGAAGACGGCCGAGGAUUUCUUCAAAUCGACCCCCACCUCCAGCUCCAAGCUCCGGAGACUGGCUAGUAUGUAUGAAAUCUUUCCACUUGGCGACCGGAAUCAAAGAGAUGUUGUCUUCAAGAGAAGAGGGGCUACCCAGUCUAGAGUUCCGCCCAGCAGAAGUCCCAACAGACCCCAUCAAGAUAGUGAAAACCAGAACCCUAAUUUGUCUUCUCCUCUCAAUCUCUAUUCUAUCCCUAAAGAAACGAUCAAAUCAAGCGCCGAGAAGAAGAAAGCAGUGGACGAUGCGUCGGAGGAGGCUACUGCUUUGCCAAGACUCAGAAGCACACUCUCAGCAAGGAAUUUGUUCGCUGGUCGUGACAUUUUGAAUCAGAUUUCGGAAUUUUGCAGCGAACUAAAGAAACUGGCAACCAGGACCAAGGAGAAAGAAAAUUUGGAGAAGCAGAAUGCGGCGAAGGAUGUAGCUCCUACAGAAAAGGACAAACCUAGUGAUGUUUUGGAGGAGUUAGGUGGGGAAGGGAAAGAGAGAAAGCCGCUACUUGAAGUCAGUAUUGAGAAAUUUGAUGGCAUGAAGAAGAGCAACACCAAGGAAAAGGGCCGACGGAUUAAAGUCGAAGAGGCAGAAAAUGUUCCAAUCAAGCUAGACUUGGAGAAUGUGAGGCACAGUGGGAAGGAGACCUUGUCGCAAAUCCGCACUAGCCCUCCCACUCCCCAGUGUUUUUCAGCUACUCGCGAGCCUGGCAAAUCGACACCAUCAAAAGCUACCAAAUCUAGGUUUAUGGAGAGACAAAUCCUUCAAGAGGUGAAGUUGAACAAGGGGGCGGUGGCAAAGGAGGAAACUCCUGACAAAGGAAAAACUGUUCCUAUGGUUGAUGGAAGAGACGCAAGGCCGCUCGAUGUGCUUUGGUUUCUGAAGCCCUGCACUCUGUCAAGCUGACACUUGAAAUUUCGAGGGAGUAGUUACUUAGAGAGAUCACAGGGAAGAGCCAUCAAACGGUUGCUCUAGUUGGGGCAUCAAAGUAUAGUAGCAGAAUAUUCAUUCAUUCUUUCAUUCAUUACUUUCUCAUCGAACUUUUUCCCCUGGUCCGCACAACGUUGCUUUCCUGUAAGUCUCCUUAUUGAUGGGGGAUACAAUAACCAAACGUGUAUUCACUGUACCGAUGGACACAAUAAACUCGUGUUUCUACCGUAGAUAAGAAUUCAGGAUGAGACGAACCACACAGCCCAUUUCCCAAUGCUAUAUGGAUAAGACAAACUAUCUCAUUCCCUUUAGCUAUAAAUAACUCGUUCUGAGAACUUUAGGUGUUGGACCGAGGAGGAUAAGUACUGAUAAUUCCAGAGC